UUUGCGGGAUGCCAGAGAGCGGGGGUAUUUUGGAAACAAUACCGCGCGGGCGGCGGCAGAGGUUGGCUUCCCUGCGCGCGCGCCUGCUGUCUGCGCUCCUUUGCCAGGAGAGAUGGAGCCUCCUCAUUAUGUCGAAGAGCUGGAGGACGAUGUGUUCCACCCGGAGGAUUCAGAGCCUGGUGCGCAGCCAGGGGGCCUGACCUCGGCUGCUCUGUUUGCCCAGAGCCAGCCCGACUAUAUGCUAGAUGGGCUGCAGCUUUUCCCUCUCACCCACUGCUGCGGCCCAGGGCUUCGGUCAGUUGGCCAGGAAGACAAGGCCACUCAGACCCUCAGUCCGGCAUCCCCAAGCCAGGGUGUCAUGCUGCCUUGUGGAGUGACUGAAGAACCCCACCGACUCUUUUAUGGCAAUGCUGGAUACCGACUUCCCCUCCCAGCCAAUUUUCCUGUGAGCCUGAGGCUUGGAGAGGAGCCCCCUCAAGAGCAGUGGGAACAUCGAACUGAGGUGCAGAUUGCCCGAAAGCUUCAAUGCAUAGCAGACCAGUUCCACAGACUCCACAUGCAGCGGAUGAGGAAACAGAGGCGGAAGGAGGUUAAGUCACUUGCUCAGAACCAUACAACUGCACCAGCAGAACCGAAACCAUGUGUGGUGGCAGAUCCUCCUCUUUCUUCACAAUUUGGCCUUGAACAGAGAGGAGAACAGGAAUGGGGCAGGCCCUAGGUGAGACGUUGCUGCGCCUCUCUGUGUGUGGACCACUGGGAGACCCCCACUUCCACUCCUACUCCUGGAGCAGGACAUCUGGCAGAACUCCAGGAAAACUGGCACUGUGUCUUGUGAAGUUUUUUUUAUUAUUAUUAUUAUUUUGAAAAUU